ACAACUUGAAGGUUUUCAGAAUGCUUACAUAUGAUCUCAUUUGUUCCUCACAUAAGAUAGUUAUAGCAGGGAUUAUCUGCAUUUUACAGAAAAAAAAACUGACAGAAAUGGAAAGUAAUUUAUUCAAGUUCACACACCAAGUUUCUGCAGUGGGAUUUGGACCCAGGUCUUUCCCUACUUUAGGUUCAGUUCUCUUUGUAAUAUAUUAUGGAUUUGGAUUUGAUUUUUUUCCUAGCUCUGAACCCUCCAUUCCCCUCUCCCUCUCUACCUUGGUACUGAGGACUCCACAGAAACCAAUACAUUGAGUAAUCUCUAGAGCAAUAAAUUUUCCAGUGUUCCUUUUUGGGAGCUACCUCUGAGAACUUCACAGCUGAUCAGAGAGAUCAGCUCCUUAGCUCCUCAUCUUGGAAGUACCUCUGUCCUUCUGGUAUCCCAUCCACUCCCCCAUCCCCACCACCAGCACCGCCAUUACAUCCUCUGAACUCUAAGCUCUGGCUCCCUAACAGUAUGUCUCCAUCUCCAUUCCAUUCCACAGGCUCCUGUCCCUCUGGGAAAUUCAGUGCCCUGAUCUGGGUGGGGGCCCUGGACCAGCCCCCCCUGAAGCUGAUCCAGGAGGUGGCAGGCUCCCAGCACUGUGCCCAGAUACUGGUUCUCUGGAGCAGUGACAGUCCCCCUCCACCUCAGGGGAAGUGGCCCCAGACUACCAUGCCUCUGAUGGUCAUUGAAGGGAAAAAGAAGAAGAGCGACCGCUUCUUCCCUUACAGUGCCAUCAGCACUGAUGCCAUCCUCAGCCUGGAUGCUCACAGCAGCCUUUCAACCACUGAGGUGGACUUUGCCUUUGUUGUGUGGCAGAGCUUUCCAGAACGCAUUGUCGGUUUCCAGACCCAGAGCCACUUCUGGGAUGAAACUAAAGGCUCUUGGGGCUACACAGACCAGAGGCCCAAUGAGUUCUCAAUGGUCCUCUUGACUGCUGCUUUCUACCACAGGUACGGCUUCAGGAGGCAACAGGUCUGUGGAACCUCCACCGAGAAUGCA